CACUGUUACCAGCUGCUGGACGAUUCCAAUCCUUGUAGGAGAGAAAAUACGGGGACCGACAGUCCUCUCUUCUCCCUCCCGUUAACCUAAUUGUGCUUUCUUUUUAUUUCGCCUUGCUUUUCUCUUUACCCUUUCUCUACCACUCUUUUCCUUAGAAGACAACUUUUCCUUAUCACUCCCUUGCUUUCAUCUCCGUUUUACGAUUUUAAGAUCUACACAGGUGCAUGUAUUUAUGUAUUAUUAGGAAUAUAUAUUAUUUUAGUUAUUCCUCAAAUGAGAAGACGGAAAAGAUGGAGUUACAUAUUUUAGAACACAGUUUGAAAGUAGCGAGUAUAGCAAAAGAGGGUAUUCAGAUUUGCACUCAUGGAUUAAUCAAACUCGCCUUCCUGCCCUCUAAAACGAGAUGCAAGUUUUUCAGUUUGACUGAAACUCCAGAGGACUAUACCAUUAUCGUGGAUGAAGAAGGCUUCAAAGAACUUCCUGAGACAGAACACCUCAGUGUCGCAGAGGCCACGUGGUUGGCUCUUAACGUGGUGUCUGGGGGCGGGAGCGCCACAAACUCUCAACCUAUUGGAGUCACAAAAAUAGCCAAGUCUGUCAUUGCACCCCUAGCUGACCACAAUAUCUCUGUGUUCAUGCUAUCCACCUAUCAGACAGACUUCAUCCUGGUUCGAGAGAGGGACUUGGCCAUGGUAAUGCACACCCUGUCUGCCGAGUUCACCUUGCUGAGGGUUGUCAACGGAGAGACAGUUGCUGCUCACAGCCUUGGAGUCACCAAUGGUUUUGUCAAGCCAAAGCUUGUGCCUCGACCUAUCAUCCACCCAUUGUCCAGCCCCAGCAACAUGUUCUGUGUGACAAGCUUGGAUCCAGACACACUGCCCUCAGUGGUCACCCUGCUCAUGGAUGUCAUGUUCUACUCAGGCGGGAUAAAGGAACCUGGGGUGUCUAAUGAAGACUCUGGUCACAUCCGCUUCUUUUCCUUCUCGCUGAUUGAGGGCUACAUCUCUUUAGUUAUGGAUGAACAGAUGACACGCAGGUUUCCGAACAAUGUCCUAUUCACGAGUGCUUCAGGAGAACUUUGGAAGAUGGUUCGUAUCGGAGGGCAGCCUUUAGGAUUUGAUGAGUGUGGUAUUGUGGCUCAAAUAUCAGAACCUCUGGCAACUGCUGACAUUCCUGCUUAUUACAUCAGUACCUUCAAGUUUGACCAUGCCCUAGUUCCAGAGGAAAACAUCCAGAGUGUGAUUGGAGCUCUGAGGACUAAUGAGAGCCCAGAACAGUAAAGGAAAUGGGGAGAGCCUUGUGUCUUCAUGGCCCACACAUUGAUUUAUCAUGUUCAACUCUUAAAAGUGCCAAGAUACCAGUUACCAGUGGACAGUUAUUGGGGGUGGGGAGUUCUGUGGCCCUCCUUUUCUGAGAUGGUGCCAACUAUGCUCUAAAUCUGCACAUGUUAACCCUUCCACUGUACCAAACAACAUCCACCCAUUUGGGGGACCCUAACUCUGGAGUAACCACAGUUUUGUUUCAUUAUGGCUGUCUUUUCCACUCACACCAUUGUUUCACCAUGGCAACAGCCAUGCCAUGCCAACAGCCUACCAUAUUUGCACCCUUUUUUUCUGCAACACCAGCUCUUGAGAAGCUGCAAGCCAGGCCUGGACUACUCUAACCGACCAUGUGUGCACACGUUAUAGCCCAAGCUGCCUGAACCCAUAAAUGUUGCUUUAGUUGACCAGACUGAAUCUGUUUUCCUCUUGACAUUCUGUUGUUUCUCCCAUGCUGCUUUUCCUGCAAUGACCAUAUUGUAACAGUUACCUGCCCUCCUCCUGUGGAAGGAAAGAGAAUGUACUCUACAAACAAGAUCUCUCAUUAGUCUUUCUCUUAAUUUCUCAGUGCCAAGAUGUUUAAAGGCCUUCUCUAAUACCCAGUGCACAAUUAAUUAGGUAAUCAUUUCAGAAUUUGAGUAGGUGUCAGAUUCCAGUGACAUGGUGUGGUCUGGAAUUUUACAAGUUCUGGAACUAGAAUUUGAUAUUAUUCAAGACCUAUAGUAGAAUUAGAAUUAUAUAUCGCUGGAUUAAUGAGUCAAGAUGUGUACAGGACUGGUCUUUGUCUCUCUGUUGACCAGUAAGGUUCAAAUUUGUCUGAUAUACUGGAUUCUGUAAAUGAAACCUUUAUGGCAUGUGAUUGGCAAAUUUCUAAGCCACUGUUUUUAUCAUAUCAUUUAUAAACAACCGUUGAAGUGUGCUAUGCCUCAGCUAGUGUCCAUGUACUAGAGUGACUGGGUUGUUCUUGGGAGACCGUUCUGUUUUAAUAUUUUUCGCAUUAACUGCCACACCAUGCUUGACCUCCUUAAGUCUUUACCAUACAUCAGUAUAAAAGUAGCGCAGGAGAGGUGGUGGACAUGAAGUAAUUAGUUCAGUUAUGAAUGAUUGUUGCAGUUGUGGAUAAAUGAACCAGCCCUGCAACACCCUGGUGUAAAUCCCCCACCUUUUCCCAACUCCUUCCCCUGCAGUCUGCACUUUAAUACAGGUCUAUCCUAAAGACCUGCUGUACUGAUGUGAAAUUGGAGAAAACCUAUUUAACCCUAGAAGGAUCCUCCUGAGGAAGGUAGACGUGUCAGUCUUAAGCAUUUGGUAGGACUUUCUGUCUACGCACCAAGCAAAAGCUUUUCUUCUGUUAGCUUGGAUUAGCAGAAACCAUGUAUUUAUCAGUGUUAAAAGAAAAACAAAAGGUGAAAUUUCUUCUGAUUGAAAUAAAACAAACUACUCACUGA